GGCAGCUUCAUUUUGGGUAUGUCUACUACACAGAUACUUUGGGUUAUAUUGAAGCUGAAACGCUACAAAGCUUUGUUAAUAGCAGUGGCACACUACAUCUAUUGCCGUGAACUUGAUCAAAAGCGCGUCACCUCAACCGUGCCACAAAACUGGAAUAAUUCCAUCUCCAUGGCCUUCGCUCGCACAUUCUCUUUGCUUCUCGUGGUUUCGGCAUCUCAGGCAUUCAACCAACUUCUCUGGUGGCACUUGCGAAGACAGCGCUUGUCAGUUUCGAAGAUUGAUGCGCUGUUCUCAUUCAGCACAGGACCCUUGAAGUUAUAUCGGCUUGACAUAUUGCGGCGUGUUCCAGUCCUUUGGAUCUUCGGGCUCUUCUUCCCUCUGAUCCCCAUCAUCACCACAAUCUUCCCAACUGGUGCGCUGAUCGUAGAUCUCCAUCCCUUUCCUCAAACCAAUUUGACAGAGGUUCCUACACUGGAUAUUGACUACCAUGGCAAUGGAUCCGCUGUUGCCUUCUUCCAGGACGCUAUGUUUACUCCUGGCUUUGAUGGAGAAUAUCGGUGGCCUGCCGAUAGACUCAAGGGUCUAGCUAGGAAGACACUACUUCAAGGUGCUUUCCUUACACAGCCCUCACCCUGUGGGCUUAAUUGCUCCUACACUUUGAAAUUUGCGGCCCCAGCCCUGCGAUGUGCAGAGGUGACAACGAUGCAGAAUCUUACAUCUGCUGAUCAAACCAUAGCAUUCGGAAGUAUGUUCAGAAACCUCGAAGACUCUGAUCCGACGCACUAUAAUUAUAUGGGUGCGCCAAUACUAUCAAGAGAGACGUUCUUAGGCCAGUCCGCAUACAGGCUAUUCGUAUUUGCCGUCAGCUACCGGGCCCCAAAUGAUGAUGCUUACCAGUUUGUUAAUUGCGUGACAAUGGACGCUAAGUACGAAGCGGAGGUGGAGUACAAGAACGGCACCCAGAGCAUCGCUGUAAAGGUCAUCGAUGAAAAGCCUCUGAACGCGUCUCGUCUGAACGUGGGGGAACUGUUCUACGACCUCAUGAAUUCUGAGCCAUGGACUGAUCCGGUCAAGUAUCCAACACAGUAUUUAAAUAACACGGAGAACGAAAUUCUGGAAUUGAUGCACGGAACCCACGUAAGGGCUAUGAGCGACGCAAUGGUAUAUUGCCUGUCUGGAUACAUUCAACAAUACGGACUUGAAGGUCAGCAAAUCGCAGACACAGUGAUCCAUGAAACACCUCUAGCUGUUCCUAUUCGCAACGACACUAACUACCGGUUCAUCGAUGUACGCCUGAAACUAUCCCCUGCAGUCAUCGAGGAGCUCAUGCAAAACACUACACUCUCAGUCUUCAACGACGCGACGCGCAAGACCAAGACCAUGGUCAACAUCACCUCGUACGAAAAUGCAUACAUAUUCAAAGAGCCAUCGCGUCUCAUCGCUUCGUACACAGCAUUGCUCGCUACCUACCUCGUUUUCGCAACUCUUGGACUGGUCGCUCUCGUGCAGAAUGGCGUGGCCGCUGACUCUGGUAUCUUCCUUCAAGUACUAUGCGCCACGACGAAUGGAAACUCCAUCCUCAACAGACUGGCUAAACAGACAUGUCUGGGUGGAUCUGUUAAUCACCCACAAGAGCUCAUGAAUCUCGAAGUACAGUUUGGCCAGGUCAAAGAGAAUACUGGAUUAGCGGCAUUUGGAACUGCUGCCGAAGUAACUGAGCUAAAGAAAGGCGGCAGUUACGACUAG